UUCACCAAAGGCGGAAUAGAGUUUGCAUAUUGUGAUUUCGUCAAAGGUGUUGUGGUUAAUUUUGUGAUUACUUUAUCAAAAGUAAUUUACGCAAAAAUGAUGCAAUUUAUGUUAUUGUUCAGUCGUCAAGGAAAGUUACGAUUACAAAAGUGGUAUGUGGCACACCCUGAUAAAUUAAAAAAAAAAAUUACAAGAGAAUUGAUUACAACGAUAUUAGCACGAAAACCAAAAAUGUCAAGUUUCCUAGAAUGGAAGGAUGUUAAGGUUGUCUAUAAAAGAUAUGCAAGUUUAUAUUUCUGUUGCGCAAUAGAACAAAACGAUAAUGAAUUACUCACCUUAGAAAUUAUACACCGUUAUGUUGAAUUAUUGGAUAAAUAUUUUGGAAGUGUAUGCGAGUUAGAUAUAAUUUUCAAUUUUGAAAAAGCAUACUUUAUCUUAGAUGAACUAUUGGUUGGUGGUGAAAUUCAGGAGACUAGCAAAAAGAAUGUGUUAAAAGCCAUUGCAGCUCAGGAUUUACUACAGGAGGAGGAGACUCCACAAGGAUUCUUUGAGGACCAUGGUCUGGGAUAAUAUUUUCUAGACAAUUUAUCAAACUUGACGUAAGUGGACUUACAAUGACGCUCCAACAUUCCAGACUUUUAUU